AUGGUCUACACACUCACUGUUCAUCUCUAUGCAAAUGACAAGCCGGAUUCAAUUGAGCGUAUCAAGGCUAAGCUCAUUGAAGCUGCACGGAUCUACCGCAAAGACAAGGAGACUGUCGAUUGGCUUGUUAUGCAAGAUGUACAUGAUCCAAGGGCCUUUACAAUUGUUGAGCGUUUCGAAAACGAGGGUAGCCAGAAAUACCAUUUAGAGAAUCCGUACUGGCAAACAUUCGACCCGUAUGUUGUUCCGCUCUUGGACAAGAAGAUGGAUCUCCGCAGACAUGAGGAAUUGGAUACCAGCAAGGAUGUUGUGGUCCCAGCUUAG